AGCGGGUGGCCGGGCCCGCCGCUGUGCCUCAGCCGUCCUCUGCCUCACCCAAAUCCCGUGGUCCUGCUCCGUGUUGGUAGUGUCGCUUCUGCCUCACCGGCACAUGUGUUUAGCGAAAAUAUUGUGUUAAACUGGUUACAAAGCAAAGCUGCGCUCCAGCUCCGAAGCUCCCUGCUUGAGACGACCCAUCAUCUCCCCUCUUGCGUUGGUUGCAUUUCUGCGUACAACUCUUAGCGCAAUAUCCACUAUCAUCAUAAUUUGCCGAAGUUUAAAUGAUGCACGCGUGGCAGGGAAGCUGCUAACAGAAAUUCACAGAACUCUAGCUCUGUGCUCGGCGUGCAGAAGAUGGAGAAGCAGAUUAGUGCUUUGUCACUUGUGCUGUUUGUAACGAACGUUUUUCAUUUCCUUCAUCUUAUGCUCCUGGGGCCUGACCCAAAACUCGCUGCAGCUCAGUGGAGGCUUUCUGCUUACUUCACCCUGUUUUGCAUCAAACCAUUAUGCAGUGCAGCUAAUAUGGUGUGUAACGAAGCCUGCGUUCCCACUGGAGAGAGUUCAUUUGAUAAACAAUUAGCCUGAAGCCUCUCGCUGAAAUCUGGAACUACUUUUAACCAAAACUAUAGCAGCUAAGCGCUAAUUCUGCUUUUAACUGGUUUCAAAUGCUAAAAAACACCCUGGGACUUUUUAAUGGAGGCUAUUCCAUGAAUAGAGGAUGUUCUUGCCAAAGUUCUGCACCAGAUAACUGAGCAAUCUUCAUUUCCCUUUUCCUCCUGAGGUGGGACACCCACACACCGGCACUACAAACAGAGCUCGCCUCCACCACCAUGAGUUCUGAUGUCUAGCACAGCCAGGAGUCGUACUACAGAGUGUUCAAAGCUGCUCGCAAUCUGAGUAACAGCCCCACAGCAGCCAUUUAUGGAUGCUACCAGACAGACAUUAGGAAUUACCACAGCCACUGCGCAGCGAUUAUACUUCUUUGCAGAGAAGCUCGGCUUUGUAUCAUCCUGUGGGGUUGGCUCCAUUCAAUUUGCUGCCCUAAGCCGCAUUAUCUGCUUUUUCAUAAAUGAGAACAGAAGAUGGAUUAGUUAAAAUCAAUUUGUUAUAGAACACGGGAAAGCAUCCAUCCAAAGCGAACAGUUCUAAGUAUUGAUGCAGCGGUACUUUCUACUAAACGAACACUCCUGAAGCCUCCGAAAAUGUUCUGUUUGUAAAGAUCUCUGAGCAAAACUCAUCUGAGAGCAGCUCUGCAUGUCAGCAGCUAUAUAUAGAGAAGCACAUACAGCUGUGUGCGUGCCCAGCGGAGUCUGUGUGCUCACGUAGCGCAGCAUUACAGCAGCACCAGCCCCGGCUGUGCCAACUGACACAACUGCUCUGUUUUGAAAUGUUUGCGACUCUCAUAAUUAGUGAUUUCCUGUGGAAUUCAUUGAAGUCCUUCAUCUUUUUCAGAGCCCACAUCAGUCUCAGAGCUUGUUUUUGCCGCGGAGAGCUUUCCCUACUGAACCCAGCUGCACUUUACUAAUUGCUAUCUCCUAUAGCUGCCGGAUGCCAGGAAAUAUGGGUAACUUACGCUGUAUUUAUUUACUUUUUCAAACCCCAUUUUUUUCAUUCUAGAUGGGUCACCGUUGGUAAUAUAGAGAAGCUGCAUUUGGAACAACUGCUUUUUAACUCUAAAAACACAUCCGUUUUUUUCCCGGUUUGAGAUUACUUCUAUAGCAUUGUGUCAGCAAAUGGAAAAAAUAUAUUCAUUUCUAUGCACCAAUCUGAUAUGCAGAACAUUCAUGUAUCAUCUAUCUUGGUUACAAAGAAGGCAGUGUCCUAGGAGAGCUGACUGGUGCAUUUGUCUGAGAAAUUCCAUAAGCCUAUACCACCAUGAUUAUUUUUCACUACUUUUGACACUGAGCUUGCAUAGCAAAUGUUCCUGUGCAAGAUCUGCAAGAUCCACUAGUGCCUGCAGAAAGAACUUUCCUUUCUGCUCCCCCCCCAACACCACCCCACACCCCGUUUAUUUAAUUGUUGCUGCAGUUCACGGUCCCUUUGCCCCUUACCUCUUGAUAUAGGAGAACUGAAAAGGAUUUAGGAGCUCAAGUUUAGUUUGGAUAAAAUCCUGAAAUGUGGACGUGCCUCUGAAUUACCUCAUCAUCUCAGUUUGAGCCCUCAGCUGAACUUCGUCCUAACAUCCACCUCCAAAGAAACAGUGAAAAGUUUAGUGCAGGCUACAAAAACAUGGAACCAUGCCUUCAAUCAGCACAGCAGCUCAGGCCCUUAGGAUGCACCAAGCCUUGGGCAGCCCAGGCCUUCGGGCACCUUGUGACACCAGCCACACCGCCCUUUGCUGCAGCUUGUGGGAGCCCCCCGCUGGUUAGGCUGCCAGGUGCUGGAAAUCAGCCUGCACAACCCACCUCGGGCACUAAAUAUGAGCUGGACUGACAACACAACAAGGCACGUUGUGUUCUCAUCUCCUCUUCUCGCCUGUUAGCUGCAAGAGCUGAGCCUCAGAAAGCACAGGCUUCAUCCAUGCCGCUGCUGCCAGCUGUGCUCCCAGACCUCAGCAGAUGGCACUGUCACAUCAGCCCGGGCGCAGGAGAGAAGCAGCUCACAGAUUGUGUUUUCACAGCCACAUUCUUGGCAUCAGCUUACAAGGGUGCUGACUCAGCAGUAAGACUGUCAGCUGCAGCGAGUCCAUCUGUCCACCGGGCAGCGGAGCCACCAGCUUUUCUAGGAAAUCUGUGGAUCUGGUUCAAAGGUCUGCAAAUGGACAAAUGGCUCUGCUUCCCUGCUAUUAGCCUCACAGGCACUUUGAAUGCUUACCAAACUGCGCUUUCAGGAUGUGGUGUCUCAGAAUGAGGCUGAAGAGCAGCAAGAGGAUCGCUCCUCCUCCUUACUUUAUUUCUGCCUUCAUUUUGACUUUUUUUUUUCCUUUUGGUUGCAUAGAAUCAUAGAAUCACAGAAUAUCCUAAGUUGGAAGGGACCUGUAAGGAUCAUCGAGUCCAACUCCUGGCUCCGCACAGAACCAUCUAAAAAUGAGCCCGUGUAACUGAGAGUUCCUGUAGACACUCCUUGUACUUGCCCAGGACUGGGGCCGUGCCCACCACCCUGGGGAGCCUGUGCCAGUAGACACUGGUGCCAGUAGGCCCACCCACUGGUGAAGAACCUUUCUCUGAUAGCCAACCUGAACCUCCUCUGAGGUUUGCCUGAGCAUUAAGAGUAAUGUAAUAAUUGGAGACUUUCCGUGGAAUUUCUGUGAUGCAAAGGUCAGAUGUUUUGUACGAGAGUGCAGGCAAGGACAGUGAUACCGUCUGACCUAAAGGACUCCUGUGCCGAGAAGCUCGCCUGCUUGUUUUCAUCAUUUUAAUUGGCUUGUUGCGUUAUUUCACCUCGGCACGUAUUUUGCUUCGUAGAACCAUAGAACCGCUUGAGUUGAAACCCUUAAAGGCCAUCUGGUCCAGCUCCCCCGCAAUGAACAGGGACACCUACAGCUAAGUCAGGCCGCUCAGAGCCCCGUCCAGCCCGACCCCUCCGAGCCUCCUGGCGGGGCCGCGGCCGGGAGGAGCCCGGUGCUGCCGCGGCCACCUCCCUCACUCCCUCCCUCUCUCCUUCCCUCCCGCCCAGCCUCCGGCGCUGCUUCCCCUGCACUGCCCGUCUCCUCCGCCCCGCCGCAGAGCUGGGGAUGGCGGGGCUGGCCGGGGCGCUCUGCCUCGCCGCCGCCGCCGCCUGCCUGCUCCCGGCGCAGGGGCGGGCGAGCGACGCGGGCUGGACGCUGCAGAAGUAUUCUCACCAACCAAGUAUUUUACAUUCUGAUGCUAUCCAAAAAGUUGCGGAAAAAACAGAUGUUACUGAAAUGUGGGAGAACGAUUUGCGCCCCAUCCUGAUAGAAAGAUACCCAGGAUCACCAGGAAAUUACGCCGUACGGCAGCACAUCAAGCAGCGCCUUCAAAGGCUACAGGCUGGCUGGGAAAUUGAAGAAGAUACCUUUCAGAAGUACACACCCUAUGGUUAUCAAACAUUUUCAAAUAUCAUCAGCACUCUCAACCCCUCUGCAAAGCGCCACCUGGUCCUUGCUUGCCACUACGACUCAAAGUUCUUUGGCCCACAGUGGCACGGGAGAGUGUUUGUGGGAGCAACCGACUCGGCUGUGCCCUGUGCCAUGAUGCUGGAGCUGGCACGUGCCCUGGACAACAAGCUUCAGUCCAUCCAGACGAGCUCAACAUCAAGACCAGACCUUUCACUUCAGCUUAUCUUUUUUGAUGGAGAAGAAGCUUUUGUCCGGUGGUCCCCUUCUGAUUCUCUCUAUGGAUCUCAACACUUGGCUCAAAAAAUGGUAUCUACUCCACAUCCACCAGGUUCAACCACCACAAAUCAACUUCAGGGCAUGGACCUGCUGGUACUACUGGAUUUAAUUGGUGCACCAAACCCCGUCUUCCCCAAUUAUUUUCCAAACACUGUCCGAUGGUUUCAAAGGCUUCAAGCAAUUGAGCAGAAGCUACACAGCAUGAAUCUGUUGAAGAAUCACCUUGAUGAAACACAGUAUUUCCAGAAUAACGUACAUCGAGGCUUGGUUGAAGAUGACCAUGUUCCAUUUUUAUUAAGAGCCUAUUUGCUCCAGGUUGAGGCUUCAAAAUCCAACGUUACGCAGGCUGAGUGAUAGCUUUGAAACACACAGAGAAAAAGCAGAGAUAGAUAGAACCAUCCUUACCAUCAUUUUGUAUGUGCAUAGCUCCAAUGGCAUAGAAAUAAUGGAAAUUUCUGCCAGCGGUACAGUGUUCCACAAAGAUGAGUAACUGAUCCAAUGAGCUAUCGCUACACAGCACACCAGCCAGCUGGUUACCAUUUCUAGAAGCAGCGAGACACACUCAAGGGCUGCAUUUGCAAAGAUCACGUAAGCCUCUAAAGACCUUUCGGCAAACUUACAGUAAUGCUCAUCAUCACCUGUUUAAAUUUGAAGGUACUGACUCCUGCAAAAGCUCACAUAUUCAAGUUAGACUCUUUCGUUUACUAGAGAUUCCACAACUUGGAAUUCUGAAAAAAAAGUUGAAAAUUUGAAAGCUUGAGGGAUGGGAAAGGUGCAUAUAGUGACCAGUGAGAAUAGCAAAGGACACAAUAUGCCUAACGUGCAUUAGGCACAUACCUCAAAUCUUCCCCACCCGAGAUCUCUCCCAGCAGACACCUACACCACUGGCACCAUGUUCUUUCUUUUCUUUUUUUUCUUUUGGGAGGUAACCAAAGAAAGAGAAAGCAGUUAUGCUAGAGCUACCCAUCUUGCACAGCCACAGGUUGGUGAUUUAAGCUCUUGCCCAAGUGCAAGAUGCGGAUUUGAUGUCUCCUCAGUUCAAGUACUCAGUACAGCACCUUCUAAACUAAGGUGAGCCACAGAAGGAUAGCAAAUAUAUCACAUUCUUCUAGUUGAAGCUAUCCAUCGUACAGCAAGGACUACAAUAGUUGUAUUGCUAGAGAAGGACAAGGCAAAAAGGAAAGUAAGACUCAGCUUUGAACUUGUGUAUCUACAUAGGAAAAGGAUGGAGAUACUUCCAAAUCCAGAUCCUAUGUUUACCAUUGCUUGUGAUCUGUAACUACUGAGUAAUGCAGAAUGAGCGUACAGCUCUGGAAGCAGACAAGAGCAGUCACACCUCUCCUCUUCUGAGUGAGUGCUCCUUUCACUUGAGCUGCACUUAGAAUCUCCUGCUCAAUGGAUUUUCAGCUCCGUGAGUCCUUCAUUUUUCACAGCAAAGAAGUGAAACAGGAAAGAUGUUGGAGAGAAACAGUGCUCCACCACUGCCCUGAAAGAAGGAUCAGGAAACAGCAGAACGAGUUAAAUCCUUUCACCUAGAAGUCGCAUCAUGUAUCAACAUACUGGUGGCUUACAUAUAUAUAUAUAUAUAUAUAUAUAUACACACACGCAUACACAUACACAUAGAGUAAUAAAAUCCCUUAGAAGUAUAAAUCUUUUUAUCUGAAGAUAACAGUGGUUCUGUUUUCUGGGAGAAAAAUACAGGCAUCCAAAUUUACCACUAAAGGAAAGGACUAAGAACUGCUUCAAAAAGGUGAUGAAUCCUAAAAUUGACAUAAGAACACAGUAACUGGGAGCUGCAGUGGUUUCUCUGCCCUUCUCCAGCUUCUAAACAAAACGUUAACCACUACGAUGGAUCGGAUCCAGGAAAAACAAACAGGCCAGGUAUCACAGUACAACUACUAGCUGCAGAUGCUUUAAAAAAAAAUAGUGCUUGAAGGAGGGUAUCGAUUUUAGGAAACAAAUAGUGAAACACAUGGGUUGUAGCCACAGACUUAACAACAAGACUGCAGAAGGACUGCAGUGGUAUACACUCCUCUACAAAGUGAACUGAGUAGUUAUCUGACUGUCAUUAGGCGGUGAUGUAUCAACUUAACAGAGGUUCUCCUGUGUUGUUUCCAAAUUCCACUUUGU